CAUUUAUAAAUUAUAGUAAAGAAUUGUGUACCAAUGUUGUUUGUGCAAUUUCAUUGACAGUUUCUUUUCGAAUGGCGAUUUGCCCCACAGUCAAAAUACCAGGAAAUGCUAUGAUUCAACAUUGUGGUUUCGAUAUAGUUAAGUAACUUAGUGCAUAAUAUUUUCAGUGAUCAACAGCGACACGAUCGCUAACUAGCAAGUUUACAGUGAAUGGUGUAAAAAUGUUGUGGGGAUAAUUUGAGUGGUCGAGUAAGAGAUCAAUCAAAACAAUGGUACCCGCACCAAGCUGCCCAAAUACGUGGGACUACUGGACGUCCUCGACGUCCGACCACGUUGACCUGAUAUGCCUGAUGCCCAACUCCGUAUAUAUGCCUCUUACAGUGAGCUGGGAUGCAACACUGCAGGAUGUGAAGGAGGAAUUAUGGGAUCAAGCAGGAAAAUAUCCUCUAUUUGGUAUGCUACAUGAGAUGACAGGAUAUGUUUUCCAGUUUAUCAACUCUUUAGCGGUUACUGAGGAAGUGGAUGAUGAAAAUAAACGACUCAGAGAUAUAAAACCUUCUUGUGGUGUACUCCUUAUAAUAGAAAGGUCAAUUGAAAGGCCUGGAGAGCAUUUGUUGAACACACAUAUAAGUAAUUUGAUAGGAAAGGGUUUAAAUGAAUUUGACAAUCUUAAAAGUUCAGAAGUGAAUGACUUUCGGAUGCGAAUGCGGUACCUUGCAGAAGAGAGUAUGAUAAAAAGGGCACAGAGUACAAGGCUAGAAAGACUUCGGUAUAGAUGUCCACCGAGACUAGCAGAUAGCCCGGCAGUGCCCGCCACUCUUACUAGCCAUUUAAACAAUAAUUGUUUUAUACUUGUCACCAAAGUUGCUAAUACAGAGUUCUCGUUCACAACGAACGUGCCAGUAUCGCGUACGCCGCAGCAGCACAUAGAUACAAUACUAAAGAAGAAGGUGAACUCCCUCAACAUGCGGGGUGAAGACCCCCGCAGUUAUGUACUCAAGGUGUGCGGGAGGGAAGAGUACCUGUUCGGCAAGGAGCCGCUCAUACAGUUCCUUUAUAUACAAGAGAUGUUAGCGAAGGACGGCGUACCUCAAGUUAUGACUGUCAGUAUGGACAAAUUGACUCUUGGCUGUGAUAUACCAAUAGAAAGGCGGCAAGCACCUCCAGACUAUUCAAACACAAUACGCAAGAAGAAGAACCAUCACGAGUCAUCUUGGAACAUUUAUAAGAACUAUACUUGUAAGGUGGAGAGUGUAAGCGGUCUCAACGUCGACCGACCUGUGGAGGUUGUUUGCCAAGCUGGUAUAUUUCAUGGAGGUAAAGCUCUUUGCGAAGCUCAGAAGACUGAGGUGAAAACAGCAUCGAGAGAUGGAGUGGCUCAGUGGGACAAGGAGCUCACUUUCCCCAUCAAAGUAUAUAAUAUGCCGCGGAUGGCGAGGCUCUGUUUUGUUAUCUAUGAAAUCACUAAGACCAAGGGAAAGAGACGGGGGAAAGACUCGAAGGAUUCAAUAAACAAAUUGGCGUGGGCGAAUACUAUGAUCUUCGACUAUAAAGAGCAGCUGCGAACUGGAGGACUGACACUGUACAUGUGGACACACGUGGCGGAUGAGACUCAGGGUGACGACUGGCUGCUGCAUCCUCUCGGCACCGUCGUCUCCAACCCCAAUACUGACUCCUGCGCAGCGCUGCAGGUUUGCUUCUCAAAUUUCGACUGUCAGUAUCCUAUACUGUUCCCUAAGCAUGAGACAGUGAAAGCCUACGCUGAUGACAUUGAGCUCGGCUCCCCUGAUGUGAUCGCACGACUCAGUCGCGACUUUGAACAGCUUCGGGUAACUGCGGAGAAAGAUCCCAUGUAUGAAAUGCACGAACAAGAGAAGAAAGACAUUUGGGCUUCCAGGGAAUAUUUUCGUGUGGAAGCUCCGGAAUUGCUACCAAAGUUACUGUCAUGUGUGGAAUGGGGGGAGCGGGCGGAGGCUGCGAGUGUUGCUCGUAUGGUCGCCGGCUGGCCAAUGCUGAGGGUGGAGUCUGCGCUGGAGCUGUUGGACUACGCGUACGCUGAUGCAGCAGUCAGGAGCUUCGCUGUUAAGUGCCUGGCAGAGAUCAGGGACGAGAAUCUCUUGUUGUAUUUACUGCAGCUGGUGCAGGCUUUGAAGCAUGAGUCGUAUCUGAUGUGUGACCUCUCUGUGUUCCUGUUACAACGCGCCUACAAUAACAUGACCAUUGGACACUUUCUAUUCUGGCAUUUACGUUCUGAGAUGCAUGUGGCGGCUGUGUCUGUGCGUUUCGGACUGAUGCUGGAGGCGUAUUGUCGCGGCUGUCAGGACCACAUCAACACGCUCAUGCGACAGAUCACUUGCCUAGACAAACUUAAAUGGGCAAGUCAAUGCGUGCGUAAGAAGAAAGAGAUAUCAAAAGCGCGAGCAGCACUGCACCAACACUUGCAGGAGCAGCACUGUAUUGAAACACUCUGCGACUUCGUCUCCCCUCUCACACCCAGCCUCAUCUGCAAGAAGAUCAAACCGGAACGAUGUCGAGUGAUGGACAGCAAGAUGCGGCCUUUGAUGCUGGAAUUUGAGAAUGUGGACCCGACAGGUGCGGACAUCCGCAUCAUCCUGAAGAUCGGCGACGAUCUGCGCCAGGAUAUGUUCACGCUGCAGAUGCUGCGUAUCAUGGAUAGGCUGUGGAAGAACGCAGGAUAUGAUUUUAGACUGAACCCAUACAACUGUAUAUCUAUGGAAUACGCUGUUGGUAUGAUCGAGGUUGUGGACGAUGCGGAGACAGUCGCCAACAUACAGAAGCAGAGCGCACUCUUCAAUGCAGCAUCCACAAUAUACAAGGCCAAUUUAUUCCAAUGGCUGAGGAAACAGAACCCUAGUGAAAGCGGAUUCAACAAAGCUGUAGAAGAGUUCACAAUGAGCUGCGCUGGUUAUUGCGUUGCAACGUAUGUGUUGGGCAUCGCUGACAGACAUCCUGAUAAUAUCAUGGUCAAGAAGUGCGGACAGCUGUUCCAUAUAGACUUUGGCCACUUCUUAGGCCAUUUCAAGCAGAAGUAUGGGUUCAAACGCGAGCGUGUACCCUUCGUACUCACACACGACUUUAUACACGUCAUCAAUAAAGGGCAACGCGCAUCUGGCGUCAACGAGGCGCUGGACUUUAAAAUAUUCAAAGAACAUUGCGAAACGGCAUUUAAAAUAUUGAGGAAGCAUGGCCACUUGAUCCUGUCCCUGUUCUCCAUGAUGAUAUCCACGGGUCUGCCCGAGCUGAGGUCAGAGAAAGACUUGCAGUAUCUCAGAGAAACAUUGGUAAUGGAUUUAUCUGAAGAGAAAGCGCUGGAGCAUUUCCGACUGAAGUUCAUCGAGGCUGUGAAGAACUCGUGGAAGGCAUCCGUGAACUGGGCCAUCCACAACAUCGACAAGAACAACUGACAGUGACCCGUCAGCAGGCGGCUGAAGCGGCAGCCGUCGAAGCACACGCCACAGACGCUGUAAACCUGACCUCCAGGAACUGACUGUUCCGGAACUAUGAUAGCCCUGGAACUGCUGGUUCUGGGUCUGUGUUAAUCUUGAAACUGCAGGAUCCAUAACUCUGUUAGUUUCAGAACUGCAGAUACAGGAACUGUGCUGGUGUUGAAACUAUGUUCCGGAACUCUCCGGUCGUGUUGCAGUGAAUUUUAAACUCUAUUGCUAAGUGGUUUAGGUCGCUUUUUGCGGACGCGUUUCUGCAACGGAUACACAGUUAAUAGUGAAUGUGAAAUAUGUGAUAGCAUUAGGAUUUUAAGGUGUGUUGUGGUUCAAGUGUUCCGUGGUUAUAAUAGAAAAUGGAUUAUUAAAUUAUUAUUAUUGUAAUUUGAAGUCUAAAGCGAAGUUAAAAGCAUAACUGUGCUCUAAUUCUCGGUAAUGUGUUAGAGUGAAGUAAAAAA